AUAGAAUUUCAGCUUUGUUUAUGUUAGAUUUCAAUUAGAGGAAUGAUUUACAAAAAAAUAUUAUUUACUUGAAUUAGUUAACAAGAGCGAACAUGUAAUUUUUUAUUUCAACAAAACACACUUAAAUGAAAUGGCAUCUUCUCAGGAUGCUUGGUAUUUGUCCUUAUUAGGUCUUGCCGAAUAUUUUAGAACUUCUAGUACACCUAUGAUAAAGCAAUGUAUCCAGUGUCUACAGGCUGUUUUCAACUUUAAACCACCACCAAGAGUGGAAGCAAGAACUCAUUUGCAACUAGGAAAUAUUUUAUUGACUCAUACGAAAAAUAUAGAUUUGGCUAAAAAUCAUUUAGAACAAGCAUGGCACCUUUCCCAAGUCAUUAAUACUUUCGAUGAUGUAAAAUUUGAAGCUGCAAGUGUUUUAUCGGAAUUGUAUGAACAACAACAACAAAGUGCUUUGUCAAAGCCAAUCCUAAGGAAAGCUAUUGAGUUAUCCCAACACAGUGUAUAUUGGCAUUGUAGGCUUAUAUUUCAACUAGCUCAAAUUCAUGCAACAGAAAAAGAUUAUCAACCAGCAAGUAGUUUGCUCAGUGUUGGAGUAGAUUAUGCCCAUAUUUCAAAUGCCUACUAUACAAGAGUUUUAUUUUUAUUGAGUAAAGGAAUGUUAUUGUUAAUUGAUAAAAAAAUACAAGAAGUACAAUCUAUUUUAAGUCAAGCAGGUCAUUUAAUUGAGAGUUGGACAGGAGCACCAUAUCAAAAAGAAUAUCUUAAAGUUUAUUAUCUUGUUUUACAGGUUUGCCAUUAUCUUAUGAGUGGACAAGUAAAAAGUGUCAAACCAUGUUUAAAGCAAUUACAACAAAGUAUUCAGACAAUUAUGGGAAGUGACGACAUUUUUACCGGACCUAGUGCUGGAGAUAUGUUUUUGUGGAUGCCAAAGGAGCAUCUUUAUGUCUUAGUUUAUUUAGUUACAGUGAUGCAUAGUGUUCAGGCUGGUUAUAUGGAAAAAGCUCAAAAGUAUACAGACAAGGCUUUAAUGCAAAUAGAAAAAUUGAAGAUUGUUGACAAUAAACCCAUUCUUUCAACAUUUCAACUAAUGCUAUUAGAACAUAUCAUAAUGUGUCACUUGGUGAUGGGCAACAAAACGCAAGCACUUCAAGAAAUCUCUACCGUUGUAAGUUUAUGCAGACAAAACCCACGAUUAUUGGAGUGCCACUGGCCUCAAUUACACACUCUUCUCGGAUUAUACUCAAUGAAUAUGAACUGCAUGGAGGCAGCAGAAGCACAAUUUAUGGUUACUCUUAAUAUACCUAGAGAUAAAGAAUUGUGGACAUUUGCAAAUCUCAACUUAGCGAUAGUUUAUUUAAGGACUAAAAGGGAGGCUGAUUUUAAUGCUUUGCAUGACAGAAUCAAUCCAGAAGCAUUACCAUCUCAUUCACAUAGUUUGAAAGCAGCAGCAUAUUAUGUACAAGGACUUCAUGCUUUUUUUCAAUGUAGAUAUAAUGAAGCUAAACGAUAUUUACGUGAAACAUUAAAGAUGGCUAACUCUGAAGAUCUUAAUAGGCUAACUUCGUGCUCUCUUGUAUUGUUGGGACAUAUAUUUCUAUCUCUAGGUAACAGUAGAGAAAGUAUGAAUAUGGUAACUCCUGCUAUGCAAUUGGCAAGUAAAAUACCAGAUGUCCAUGUACAAUUGUGGGCUUCUGCAAUUUUGAAAGAUCUCUACAGAAUAUGUAACGAUAUGGCGAACGAGAAUGAAGCAUAUCAAAGGCAUGUUCAUUUUUCACAAAUGCUGCUCAACGAUCAUUUCCAAGCUUCACAAAUGUCAGAACACAGUCUUAUAACAUGGACUCAGGGUAAUCUUCCUCCUCAGUUGCCAAAUGAGGGACCGUGUACAUCAGGAGUAAUGUUAUAGUAUUAAAUUUAUUUAUGUAAUAUUUGGGAAUUGUAUAAAUUAAAAACAAAUUUAUAUUGAAAGAAAAAUGUUUUUAUAUUAAAAUAAUUUAUAAAAGAAA